UCUCUCCGUUACCAGGUUAUAGGUGCCUCUGACAGUUUCCUGUCUAAGGCUCUGAGGAAGGUGAUCAUCAAAGAUCAUCGCAGAAAUCUUUUUCUGGGAUAGUCACCAUGUGAAAUGUCGUGGGGGGACGUAAGUAAACAAUAAUGUGGCUCUGGGCACUCCUUCCAAUCUGCUUGGCGGUGUUUGGCACUGUGGGAAUAUGGGUGGUGUUUGGUAUCGCUGUAUCAAAUGAGACUGUUAAUAUCACAGCGAGAUUCCCCUACAUCAGUGAAUGUGGCACCUAUGAUCCACAGAGCUGUAUCUUUUCCCAGGUCUGCAACAUAUGUGCUGUCUUGAUUCUGUGGGUUGUGGUGAUCCGGUUUCAGCAGGUCAGGGACUAUGGUCAGAACAGCAAGGUGAACAUCGCCAGUAUCGUACUGGGCUUCAUCUCAUCUCUGGGCAUCUCCAUCCUCGGCAGCUUUCGGCAAUCCGUGUUGUUUGGCAUCCAUGUGUUCGGGGCUUUUCUGGCCUUCUUUGUGGGCCUGGCCUACUUCUGGUUGCAGGUGUGGCUCACCUACAAAGUCCAGCCCUCUACAGACCGUGGCUGGAUGGGGCCUCUCAGAGCUGCCCUCUCUAGCAUCUGCACCAUCUUGGUCAUCACCAUGGCCAUAGGUCUACUCUUUGAUACUGGCUACCGCUCAAUGGCGUCCAUUUCUGAGUGGGCUCUGGUCAUGUGCUUCUUUGUCCUAUUUGGCCUCUUUGCAUCCGAGUUCCGUCACGUCGACUGUCACCUGCUCACCGGGCAGAAUCAAGGCCUCAGCAAGACUCAGAGCAUCAACAGUGGUGGGAUCAUAAUGUACAAUAGUACAGCCAACGGAACAGUAAUGUAAUAAUUACAUAACAUUUGAACAUUCAACUCUGACUGAUGAAGCUCCACUUAACUGUACAUAUUUGAAACCUAUUGUUGAAUAAAAUCCUACUCUUUUUCUUUGA